AUGAUCUCUUGCCAUGACUGGGGACCGGGUCAUUUGCAUGGUAACAUAAGAUACUUACUACUCAGUACAUGGAAGAACAAAGACGAAAACGUUCAAGUUUACGAUGAAGAUUCUUAUCACACAAAGCUUAGAAGCAGCAGGUUUUGUUUGUGUCCUAGCGGUUACGAGGUGGCUAGUCCGAGAAUCGUGGAAGCUAUAUUUGCCGAAUGUGUGCCUGUGUUGAUUUCGGAUAGCUAUGUUCCGCCUUUUAGUGAUUUUUUGAAUUGGAAAUCGUUUUCGGUUCACAUAGAUGUGAAGGAAAUACCUAAUAUUAAGAAGAUACUCAUGGGAAUUUCAAAGAGACAGUACUUGAAGAUGCAGAGAAGAGUAAAACAGGUGCAAAAGCAUUUUGUUCCUAACGAGCCACCUAAGAGAUUUGAUAUUUUUCAUAUGACCAUUCAUUCUAUUUCACUUGGAAGGUUGAACAUCCGUAUUCAUGAUGAUGAUCAGUGA